AUGGAGACAACAAAUGACGACGGAGGGUCAAAAAAGAUUCUUUACGAGUCUCUUUGUACUGUGGAGGCCGAGAAUUUGAGCGAAGCGUGUAAUAACGCAAUUGAAGGGAAAAGAUCAUCCACGGGGAAGAGGGCCAAAAUAGCAAGGUUUGUUGGAGAGAUGUGCUGCUGUGGAGAUAUGUUUGGGUCGGAUACAUUUAUCAAUGAGUCGGUGUUUUCUGCAAUGGGAUACAUAGAGAAGAAUACCCAGGGAGUAAAGGAUAUGUUCAUCAAUUCUGAGUCAGAGGAGAACGUGAAUAACUGUGUCAAGCUGCUUGAGCUGAAUGAAAAGAUAGACUAUUCUUCUGUUCAUCCAAAGGAUGUUGGAAUGGGAUUCAAGAUAUAUGUGGAGGAGAAUCUGAAGAAUGUCAUUCCGCACAAUGUUCGAAAAAGGGUUAUAGAGGCGUAUAAAAACAAGGACGAUGACAAGAAAAAGAUAAUAAUUCCCAGGAUUCCAUUUGUGCUGAGUGAUCCGAACAGGAUGUUUCUUAAAUCACUGAAAAGUAUUUUCCUUGGGAUUGAGGCGAACAGCAAAGAAAAUGAAGUGGAUGUUGACGAGAUAUAUAGGCAGUUUGGGCCCCUGAUAAUAAGAAGGCCAAGCGAAAUGCUUGAUAUGGACACGGAUAUCUUGAAGGCGAUAUUGAUUGAUUUGAUGAAGGCUGAUUUUGACGAGUUUCCUAUUUCCUUUUAUCCAUAA